GUCUCUUUCCACAUACAACAACUUAAAUAUACCUUUAUUUCCAUAUUAUACAUUUACCGAAUAAACAGUUCCCAUUUUUAUUCAAAGUUGGAAACAACAUGCCUCAGUUGCUACAUGGGACGCUUAAGGUAAUCAUAAGUGAAGUUGAUAGGUUGCAAACUCGAUGUAAUUUGGAUUUCUGUCGCAAGGGCACAACACGCAAGGGGAAGAGAUUUCUAGCCCAAGUCAAAGGUUGUAUAUUUUGUAGGCCGGAGAUUGUCGGGACAAGACUCUAUGCAACAGUGGAUUUAGACAAAGCAAGAGUUGGAAGAACAAGAAUGAUAGGAAACCAACCUACAAACCCCAAAUGGAAUGAAACUUUUGAAAUUUAUUGUGCUCAUUACAUAUCAAACAUUAUAUUCACAAUAAAAGAUGAUAACCCAAUUGGAGCAACUCUAAUUGGAAGAGCUUACAUCCCUUCUGAGAAACUUCUCAAAGGACCAAUAAUUGACAGAUGGAUCGAAAUAUUAGAUGAAGAAGAUCAUCGUCCUAUACCAGGUGGUUCCAAAAUUCGUGUCACCAUGCAAUUCUCAAGUGUCAUUGAAGACACAAAAAUAAUAUGGUCUAAGGGAAUAAACAUGCCAUUUUUUGGUGUUCCUCGUACAUUUUUUGAUCAAAGACAAGGUUGUAGUGUUACUUUAUACCAAGAUGCUCAUGCUUCUGAUAGUAAUCAUACAUGGAUUCCAAUAUCAGGAACAAAAUACCAUGUUCCUAGAAGAUGUUGGGAAGAUAUUUAUAAUUCAAUUAUGGAUGCUAAAUAUUUUAUUUACAUAAGUGGUUGGUCUGUUCACACUGAAAUAACCUUAAUAAGGGAUCAAAACAUGUCAACAACAAAAAAUGUAACACUUGGAGAAUUACUUAAGACAAAAGCUAACGAAGGUGUUAAUGUUCUUAUGCUUGUUUGGGAUGACAGAACCUCUGUUCCUGCUUUUAAGGAAGAUGGUUUGAUGGCAACACAUGAUCAAGAAACUGCUCACUACUUUAGAGGCACAAAGGUUCAUUGUGUUUUGUGUCCAAGGAAUCCUGAUAAUGGAAGAAGUAUGGUUCAAGGUUUUGAAAUUUCAACUAUGUUCACUCAUCAUCAAAAGACUAUUGUUGUUGAUGGACAUGUUAAGAAAUCACUAAAGAGAAAUGUUAUAAGUUUCAUAGGUGGAAUUGAUUUAUGUGAUGGAAGAUAUGAUACAAUGGAACAUCCUUUGUUUUCAACAUUGAAUACAAUUCAUCAUGAUGAUUUUCAUCAACCAAAUUUCUUAAAUGCUUCUAUUAAAAAAGGUGGUCCUAGAGAACCAUGGCAUGAUAUUCAUUGUAAGCUAGAAGGACCUAUUGCAUGGGAUGUUUUGUAUAAUUUUGAACAAAGGUGGGAAAAGCAAGUUGGUAAGCAAUUUUUAUUCUCAAUUGAAGUGCUUGAUCAAAUUCUAAUUCAUCCUUCUGAUUCGAUGAUAUCGCAAAAAGACGACAAUACUUGGAGUGUUCAAUUGUUUAGGUCUAUUGAUGGUGGUGCUGUUGUUAAUUUCCCUCAAUCACCAAAUGAAGUUUUUGAAUUAGGCCUUGUUAGUGGAAAAGAUAAUGUCAUUGAUAGAAGUGUUCAAGAUGGUUAUGUAAAUGCUAUUAGGAGAGCCAAAAACUUCAUCUACAUUGAAAAUCAGUAUUUUAUAGGUAGUUCAUAUGGUUGGCAUGGAAAUGAUAUUAAAGUUGAAGAUAUUGGUGCUUUGAAUCUAAUACCAAAGGAACUUUCAUUGAAGAUUGUAAGCAAAAUUGAAGCAGGAGAGAGGUUUGUAGUGUAUGUGGUGAUACCAAUGUGGCCAGAAGGUAUACCAGAAAGUGAUUCAGUUCAAGCAAUAUUAGAUUGGCAAAGAAGGACUAUGGAGAUGAUGUAUUGUGACAUUGCUGAUGCAAUAAAAAAGAAGAAAAUUGAAGCACACCCUCGUGAUUAUUUGAAUUUUUACUGUCUUGGCAAAAGGGAGAGUAAGAAAGAUGGAGAGUAUGUCCCUACAGAGGAACCAGAGGCUAAUAGUGACUAUCAUAGAGCACAAAAAUCUAGGAGGUUCAUGAUCUAUGUUCAUUCAAAGAUGAUGAUAGUGGAUGAUGAAUACAUAAUCAUUGGUUCAGCAAACAUCAACCAAAGAUCAAUGGAUGGUGGAAGAGACACAGAGAUUGCAAUGGGAGCUUUCCAACCACAUCAUCUAGCAUCAAGUGGCCCACCAAGACCACAAGGUCAAAUUUAUGAGUUCAGAAGAGCAUUAUGGUAUGAACAUAUUGGUGAUAAUAGUGUUCUAUUUGAUGAGCCUGAAGGUGUGGAAUGUGUGAGACUUCUCAAUCGUAUUGGUGAAAGGAAUUGGGAAUUAUAUUCUAAGGAUAUAUUAGAUCAAAGUGUAACUACUCAUCUUUUGAGAUAUCCUCUACAUGUGGCUGAAGAUGGAAGUGUAACAUCACUUCCAGGGAUGCAAUAUUUUCCUGAUACCAUGGCUUUCAUUCUUGGUUCAAAAUCUGAUUUGCUUCCUCCUAUACUUACCACCUAGAUAACGGAUUCAGAUAACCGGUUCUUAGACAUAUCUGAAUCAUCUAAUCAAGGUUGGAUGGUUCAAAUUUUAAGUUUAAAUUUAAAAUUAAAAAAUAAUUAAAAUUUAAUCUUAAAAUAUAAACUGUUUAAUCUUGAUCGGUUCAAACAUGGAAUAAUUAAAACAUCUGUGUCAAAUCUAAAUCCUUAAAUAAUAUGGAAUAAUUAAUUAUGAUAUAAACAUGUUAUAUGUAUUCAUUCAAAAUAAACAAACUUCAACUUUGAUGAUGUGGUGUAAUCAAGAGGAGUUGUGUAUUAAUGAAAAGUUAAUAAUGUCAUUUUCCUCAUGAGACCCUUCAUA